AUGAUAGACUGGAAAAAUGAUGGGGAGAGUGAAGGGCAUGAAAGAUAUCAUGAAGGACAUAUCCAAACUGAGACAACUGUCCAUAAUAUGAAUCUCACUACCCAAAAUGAUGAAGGACAUAAAACACUUUGGAAAACAUCCCUUCUUAAUCCUGCUUCUUCUGCAAAGCAGUUUGUUUCUGUAAGCAAGGGCUUAAAUCAAAUGGUCAAACAUACAUAUCUGGAGAACGAAAAGUUGGAAAAUCUGGAAAGUUAUCUAGUUCAUGCUGAAAAUAAUUAUUUGAACCAUUUUGAAAGUAGGAUUGGAUUGACAUUUGAGUCAAAUAUUUCUGAAAAUCAGAGAUUUAAAAAUGAAGAACAAAGUGCUAUGUGGGAUCCAUUUGAGAGGUCCUUCACCAAGGAGUUGACUCUACAAAAUUACCAGAACAUAUUCAAUGAAAACAGAAUUGCUCAAUGUAGCGAAUCUGCAAAAAAAUUUAACCAGUGUUCAAAUGUUUAUAAACAUGUGAGGACUCAUUUUCCAGAGAACCAUUUUAAUUUUGAUAAAUUUGAGGAAGUCUUUUAUCAAAGCUCCAACCUUAUUAUAUAUAAGAGUAUCCCUUUGGGAGAGAAUCCUUAUAAAUAUAAUGAAUAUGGGAAAUCUGUUAACCAGUCCUCCAAUGUUGGUGAUUAUCAGAGAAUUCACAUGGAAAAAAACUCAUACAGAUGUAAUAAACCUGGGGACAUGUUUAGCCAAGCAUCAGGACUAAACAUACAUAACACAGCCGCUACUGGACAGAAAACUUACAUUUGUGAAGAAUGUGGCAAAGCCUUUGACUGGCACUCAACACUAUCUCAACAUCAACCAAUGCCUACUAGAGAGAAACCUUACCAAUGUAAAGAAUGUGGCAAGGCCUUUAACCAGCUCUCAAUGCUUACUCGACAUCAGAGAAUUCAUACUGGAGAGAAACCUUACCAAUGUGAAGAAUGUGGCAAGGCCUUUAACCAGCACUCAAACCUUACUCAGCAUCACAGAAUUCAUACUGGAGAGAAACCAUACAAAUGUAAAGAAUGUGGCCAGGCCUUUAACCAUCACUCAAGCCUUACUCAACAUCACAGAAUUCACAGUGGUGAAAAACCUUACAUAUGUAAAGAAUGUGGCAAGGCCUUUAACCUGCAUUCAAACCUUACUCAACAUCACAGAAUUCAUACUGGAGAGAAACCUUACAUAUGUAAAGAAUGUGGCAAGGCCUUUAACCGGCACUCAUACCUUAUUCGACAUCACAGAAUUCAUACUGGAGAGAGACCUUACCAAUGUAAAGAAUGUGGCAAGGCCUUUAACCAGCACUCAAAGCUUACCGAACAUCACAGAAUUCAUACUGGAGAGAGACCUUUCGUAUGCAAAGAAUGUGGAAAGGCCUUUAACCGGCACUCACACCUGACUCGACAUCACAGAAUUCAUACUGGAGAGAGACCUUACAUAUGUAAGGAAUGUGGCCAUGCCUUUAUCCAGCACUCACACCUGCGUCAACAUCACAGAACUCAUACUUGAUGAUGGAAACCAUACCUAAGUAAAGAAUGUGGGAAGGCGUUUAAUCACUGUUCAACCUUUACUCAUUACCACAGAAUUCAUAGUGGAACAAACAUUACAAAUGUAAAAGAAUGUGAGAAAACAUUUAAAGACUACUCACCCCUUACUCCACAUCAGAGAAUUCAUAGUGGAGAGGAACCAUAAAGUUGUUAAGAAUGUGGCAAGGCCUUUAAGCAAUGUUAAACCCUGAUUCCUGAUCAGAGAAUGUAU